AUGCUUGCGAAAGCACUAGGCUUUCGGCAUCUGCUCUCCUGGUCACGCUGUUCUCAAAGGGGUCGCCAAGCCGUGGCUGGGAGGGGCUUGAGCCACCCGCCUCUUAUUUCCGCCGCCCCGGUUGUUGACAUCGGAAGCGUCCCUAUCGGAACGGAUGGCUUAUUGCAGCAUCUUCAUGAGCGUUGCACGGCAGCCGAUCAACCUUUUUGCUGGAGAACGACAGGAAUAGGAGCUGAAACUUCGGCAAACGGGACGGCUUCCUUGGACGCAAGCGUUUCUUGUUCAACGGGAGCAUUGAAUUCCCAAUCUGUACUUCGAACAACGUCUCCGCAGGCCGGCAGAGAUAGUGCAGAUGGGAUAUCACGUCCUGAAUUGCGGGAACCACGGCAAGUACAGUCAUCUUUGGCGUCAGGGGAAGAGGCGUGUUCGCCGUCGGACAGCGCCCCCAUGCUGGAGGUCGACGAGCAUUGCUUGCAGACGCAUCCGGGCAGCAUCUGCUGCACCUCCACAGCCGUAGAGAAGGACGCAACCCACAACUCUUGUAUCGUCACGCUGAAGACUUCAGUCAAGGUGACUGACCCGCGGCUGCACGUGGCUAGCGCUGAACUUGAGGAGCUGGCCUGGCUGGCGGCACGGGAUGCGGCCACAGCGGCCGUGUCGGCGCUCAACCGACAAGGGAGUUUGUCGGCAGGGCGACAAGAGCGGCACCGCUUCGUGUGCAAUAUGCUGCGUAACGGGACCAUACGGGACGCCAAGCGCAUGGAGAACGGUUUCGGUCAUGUGAGCUACCUGGUGACUUUGGAAGACAAGGCCACUGGCCAAAAGAUGCGCGCCGCCUUUAAACCGCGCGUCGAGGGCGACUGUGAGGGCUGGCACAGAGUACCCAUAGAAGUAGCGGCCUACCAGCUGAACCUCAUGCUGGGUAUGGACGUGGUGCCGCCCGCAGUAAUGCGAGGCGAUUGCGAUGUGGACUGGACGCACUACCCGCAAGGCGGCGCCUUCAUUUACUGGUGCAGCGGCGCCCGGCAGCUUAACACUGUACCCAUGCCAGAAUGGAGUGUGGCGGGGCCGUUACUGCUCAGCGACACACGUAUCCUGGAUGUGCUGAUACAGAACAGUGACCGCCACGCGGGUCACUUUCUGUAUGCUGAGCAUUGGGCGGAUGGGGACUACACGCCGGCGCCUCAUCCGCAGGGGCGCAGCAGCGGCGGCACCGUUUGGCGCGGCCGCAUGAGUCCAGUGCUGAUCGACCAUGCGGCGGGCUUCCGGCAGGACGCGUUUGUGUGUCUGGACCAUCAGAAUGCGUUCCUUACGGGUAUGACAUGGACGCAACGUGCUCAGAUUCGCCGACAGGCGCCACAUCGCCUCUCAGAUGCGCUGCACUCCCACCGCGGAUCCCAGCUGUCGGUCCUAAUCCAAGCAAUGCGCACUACCAUUUAA